AUGUUGUAUGGUGAAAUAAGCAUAAUACCCGAUGCCUUUUGGACUAUUGAGAAGCUUGAAAUUAUAUCAGGCAAUUGUGGCUAUGUGAAAAUUGGCCAUUGCAUCCACAGGAAUCAAUCGCUAAGGAACUUGUAUUUGUUGGGUUGGGCUAUCCUGCCACCGCCGAGGCUUCCUGAAAGUCUUAUCUCUCUAUAUUUGACUUACUUGUACGUGGACGUGUUUCCGGAACUCUCAAACCUCACUAAUCUACAAGUAUUGGAGCUGGGGUUUGGCCGCGUUUGUACCGAUGGGCCUCUGGAAGAUCCUGUGCCGGUAGUUAAUCCACUGCCGCGGUGGUUGGGGAAUUUAACCAAACUGAGGUCUCUGGAUCUGCGCUUUGAUUGUCCGACCGCCUCCACAAUAGACGACCCUAGCCUCCCUCCUCAACUCGAGUCACUUCACCUCACCUGCCCUGAUCUGUGUCGCCUCCCGAGGCUUCCCUCAAGUUUGUCCUCCUUAGAUUUGUACAAUUGCCGCUCGCUUUCCUCGAUAGAGGAUCUAUCGAAUUUGAACGAACUGUCAUCUCUCAAGAUUACGGGCGCUGCAAUUACAGAGAUUCAAGGCCUUGGUUGUUCGGAGAACCUACAAGAUUUGGCGCUUCAUGAACUUCGACAGGUGAAGAUACUACCCGAUCUCAGCAAUUUAAACAAACUAAGUGGUCUUGAAGUACGUUAUUGUGAUAAUCUGGUUGAGAUUCAAGGCGAACUACCAGAGUAUAUGAAUGAGUUGAGUAUUUAUUCCUGUGGUUCGUUAGAGAAGUUGCCUGAUCUGUCAGGCUUGAAGGAACUGCAAACGAUUUACAUAGGAAAUUGCACGAAAUUAAUUGUGGAGGCAAUUUCCGGCUUUGCAUGGAGAAGUCAGGAGGAUUUGUGGGAGAACCUACGAUAUUUGCAUAUUGGUGACCUUGAACAGGUGGAGAUACUACCUGAUCUAAGUUAUUUAAGCAAACUAUGGAGUCUUGAAGUAGACUCUUGUCGUAAUCUGGCUGAGAUUCAAGGUGAACUACCACAAUCUUUGGAAGAAUUGAAGAUUUCUGCUUGUGAAUCUUUACAAAAGUUGCCUGAUUUGUCAAGCUUGAAGAAUCUGGAACAGCUUUACAUAAGACGUUGCACGACAUUAAAGGGUAAGGCAAUUCUCGGCUCUGCUCAGAGAAGUCAGGCGAAUUUGUGGGAGAACCUACUAUAUUUGGGGAUUUGUGACCUUGGACAGGUGAAAAUACUUCCUGAUCUAAGUGCUUCAAACAAACUAAGACAUCUUCGAGUAUCAAACUGUGGCAAGCUGGUUGAGGUUCAAAGUGAACUACCACAAUCUUUAAAAAAAUUGGAGAUUUCUUCUUGUGAAUCUUUGCAAAAGUUGCCUGAUCUGUCAAGCUUGAAGGUGGAAGAAGUGGAAAUUUCUUCCUGCGGAUCUUUAAAGAAUUUGGAUGAUCUGUCAUUCUCGUUUGGGCCGCAAAUUGUUGUCAUUGUAGGUUGUCAAAAAUUAAAUGUGGAGGCAAUUCUUGGCUCUGCUCGGAAAAGUCAGGCGAACCUGUCGGAGAACCUACGAUAUUUGCAGAUUUGUGGCUUUGGACAGGUGAAGGCACUACCUGAUCUUCAUAAUUUAAACAAACUAAGAUGUCUUCAAGUAGAAAAGUGUCCUAGUCUGGUUGAGAUUCAAGGUGAACUACCACAAUCUUUAGAAGAAUUGGAGAUUUCUUCCUGUGGAUCUUUACAGAGGUUGCCUGAUCUGUCCAGCUUGAAGGGACUGCAAAAGGUGGUAAUGAAAGGUUGCAUGCAGUUAAAUGUGGAGGCAAUUUAUCGUCUUUGCUUGGAGAGGUCAGUCAAAUUUGUGGGAUACGUUGACGAAUUGGAGUGAGAAGACGAAUCUGAAUCUGAGCAAGAAGGCGACGAAUCUGAAUUUGAGCAAGAAGACGACGAAUCUGAAUCUGAGCAAGAAGACGACGAAUCUGAAUGUAAAUCUGAGGGAGAAGACAGCAAAUAUGAACAUGAAUCUGAGGGAGAAGACGAUGAAUGAGUGCACAUUGCUUUUGAAAGCUUCUUGAUCCACGACCACAAAUUGUUCCCUUGGGUCCAGACUUUAAACGAAUUGAGGGAGCUGUGGCUAAUUGGCCAGCUAUGCAGAUGAAGACAGAAUGGAGGAAAAUGAAGAUGACAUUCAAAGUACAAUUUUACGUCCACUUUAUAAUUACUUUGGGAGUUGAUGCCUGGGAAUCUGAAAAAGUUUAUUUUCCAAGCAAGGUGUGCUUCUUGGAAGGAUUUGCUAAUGUUACGGAGAAGUUAUAGAAUGAAAAAAGAACUUCACUUGGGCAGUGGAAUCAAUGUUAGUGCAGCAAAAUUUCCAUCUGUGACAAGAGAAUAGACCUAUCUAGCUUCUCCAAGGGAGCUGUGGCGAUUUUGGGCAGUUGUAUAGAUGGAGACCAAAGCAAAAGGCAGAUAGUGGAUGAAACUUGAAGCUGACCGUAUUCCCUCUCAUAAUCUUGGGGUGGUAAACACUGUAUUCGUCUGUUUUGGGGGGUAAAAGGGCUAUUUAGGCAAAUCUGAUUGUGUUUUUUCCUUUAUUGUGGGCCCUCAAAAAUGAUUAUUACAUUUCAUCUAAUGUGUGUUAUGUUCAUUGUUAUGCCUUAGAACUUGCUUAUCA